UAAACUCUCGACUGACUUACAACCACUUUUUCAGUGAAUCGAUGUUCAAGAAAUAAUUAGUCCCUUAAACAAUAUGGACGCAAAGUCUCCUACAUUCCAGCAAAACAAGAAAUCGCGUCCUGACAGCAGAGAAAGUGAACGAAGUUCGAGAGAUUCUCGUGAAAUGUACAGGUCAGGGAACUUCCGAAAGACACAGAAGCGUGACAAUCACAGGAGAAGGAGGGAAAUACCAGAGAGUCAGUGCAUAUCACUGUUUCCUUCGGUCAAGAACAACUCUGAUGAAAACAUCUCGGAUGUAAACACCCCUCAAAACGAAAGAAAUAAAUGGGCUAAAACUGCAAGCAGCAAACAGACACCCCCCAACAGAUCACAUCUUAAAAUUCAGGACCUCUCCAAAGAAUUCCCUCCUCUUGGAGUUUCGAGUUAUACUCCUGAGUUGACAAAGGACUGGGGAAGUAUAGUUGACGAAGAGGAAGAAGGGAAAAGAGACCCAGUGAAAAAGAGAACAAAUUUAAGAUUUAAAAGAAAACUGCUGCUCUCAGAGUCUAGGGAUGAAAAUUUAAAAUCUCUAAGCCAGAAACCUGUCUUGACUGAUCCACAUAAACUGCUCCAAAGACAAAAACAAAUUGACAUUGGAAAGAACACCUUGUCCUAUGGACGUUACACAGCUGCAGUGCCAAGAGAACAACGGACAAAAGAAGACCCCAAUACACCAGACAAAUUUCAAAUAUGCAGCACUCGAUCUUGGGUUGGUCAGGUGAAGCUUUGGCGUCGAAAACUUCACAUCUGGGACCCGCCAUCUGAAGGAAAAGAGGAUUUGUUCUCUUUGUCUUCACAGAGUAUUCAGUCAUUCCCUUGUGAGGGUAAGAUGGAAGUGGAUAGUUAUAAUGGUGAUGCUGAUGAUGACAUGAUGUCAACAUCCACCCCAAGUAGUAUUGAUGAUGUGUUUGGUGACUUUGAUCUUGAUGCCUGUUUGAUGAAUGAUGGCUUGCCAUUAUAAUUUUGAGAAUAUACCUAUUCCAUUUUUCAUUUAAGAAAUUUUUUAGACUCAAGAUUUUAAGUAAUUAGUGUUAAAAGAACUUUGAGAUUUGCAUAGAUUUCAAAAGGCAUGGGUCAAACUUUUAUUCAGUUCUGAUAGGUUUAUACAAAUUUCUCAAAUGAACUGUUUCAAAAGUUUUAAAAAACUAUUGCAAAGUUCAAACUGUGGUUUAUGAUUUGACCUGUUUUAGAUAAGUUGAAUUUCAGAUUUUAUUUAUUAGAGAAGUUCAGCCUUUUUGGCCUUUUGGUAGCAUUUCUGAUGUGAAAAAACCAAGGCCACUCUUACUCCUCUGCUGAAAGAAGAAUAUUCAUGUAUGUACUAGAAAUUUUGAUGGAGCACUUAAAUAAAGUGAUUGACUUGUAAACCCAUAAUGUUAACUGUAAUAACUUAAAUACAAUCAUUGAAUGGGUUGGGGAAUACUCAUGUAGUGUACUUGGAGAUAUUUUUUUUCUUUUCUGGUAACUGAUCAUGAAAUUAACAAUAAAACUUUAGGAGGAAAUUAUAUUUUUUGCUUAUUUUUUAUCCAGGUAAAUUAUAGUUCUAAACUUCUUUACUUGUGUAUUGAUUUCCAUUGAGCCUUUUUCUCAAAUACAGAAACCUAUAUUUCAACUAACAUAUUUUUAAUCCUUUUAUUCAUAAAAUCUAAUUGUUAAUUCUAUCCUCUAACUUCUACACAUUUCCUUGUAUAUUGGUUACAAGAAUGUGAUGUUAGAUCAAGAUAACUUCAACCCCAUAAGUUUGAACAGUCUUAUUACUGUUUGCCUGGGUAAUGUUGGAUAUUAUAUCGGCAAGUUAAACGUUAAUCACUUCAAGAAAUUAAAGGUUAAAAUAUAUUUAAUUUUCUUAGAUGGAGGUUUUCAAAAGUAAGAAAUAAUGACAGCAAUAGAUGCAAUGUACUACACAAUUACCUGAAUAAUUGUUGUAAUUUGGAUUACUCAUUGCAGAGAGACACCAUUAUUACUGUUAUUCCCUUUGCACUGUACUGUCAUCACAUUGUUUAACGCCUGUUUUCAUCAUUGAUGCCAGCUUUUGGCAAAAGGAAUCAAACAAGAUAAAAUAAUUCAUCUCACAACUUGUCAUAAAAGUUAUCUUUAUUUGUUAUUGCUGUUUCAUGUACAUUGACCUUUCAUGGCUGCCAUUUUUCAAAUUCCUUUUAAUAAAAUCAGUAAUGCAACUUUUGCUCAGUAUAUUUCUCUCAACUUUUGUUUACUUUCACAGCCACAUUCAUCCCCAUGCACAUGGUAACUUAUACUUUUUUGUACAAAACAGCAGGAUAUAUCUAUAUGUAUGUGACAUUACUUUAUAAAAAUUAUUUUUCCCACUUUUAGUUUUCAUACCUAGCAUGUCUUACUCAAUGGCCAUUCUUUAUUUACAAAUUGCUUUGGUAUGAGAGGGUUUCUGUUUUGAAACAGAAUGAGCAAAGUACAAUUCUCUGUUUAUCACAGGUAACAAAAUAAUAUGAGAUAGUAAAAUGUUCGUAUUUUGGGAAGGUAAAUAGGUGUUGCUCCAUUUAAAGUAACUCUUUAGAACACUAAAAAUACAAAACAAUUACACUGAGGCUAAUUAUGAUAGAGGUCAGAUAAAUUACACUCAAAACUUUGAGAUUUACUUAGGCUGAGGUCAAAAUUUAACUAGACUUAAGGUGCAAGCUUUAAAAGCAAAUUUUAAUUCUCACAGUGCCCAGGCAACCACGCAUAGCAAGAACUUGAAUAGUAACAAGCCAUCUGUUGACAUGUCUUUGCCUACUAGCCAAAGUAAUGAAAAGUGAGACAGCAUUUCCAAUGUGUUGCCUGGAAACUUCAUGAAAGUCAGAGAAAAAGAGAGGUUAAGAUGUGUAUGUUCAUUAAGUACAAUACUUCUUCCAGCAUUAUGCUCAAUGGUCACAAUCAAGCCCAAUUAAUUUAUCUGACCUUGGUUUUAAUAUCUUUUGUGUAAUACGAAAGUUGUGCAAGUUUUCUAUUCCAUCGAAAUU